AUGAUUGAAGAUAAAGCAUUAGAGAUAUUCAACAAAACUGUUAGUUUCAAAGAUGGUCGUUAUAUUAUCGUGUUAGCUGAAAAAGAUCGAGAUGCAGUUAGAUUUUUAUUUGUUAAGAAUAUUGAUACACCUUUGCAGAAUACCGAUCAGCUAGAAGUGUAUAGAUUUAAGCGUGUACUCUUUGGUGUUAAUUCCAGUCCUUUUUUGUUAGCGGCAACUAUAAAGCUGCAUAUCCAAAAGUACAGAAAUGUGUAUCCCUAUACCUUUCAAAUUCUUGAUACAUGUAUGUAUGUUGAUGAUCUUGUUACAGGAGCAGAUGAUGUAUCAGAAGCCUUAAAAACUUCAAGGGAAGCAAAGGAAAUUAUGCGUGGAGCUGGGAUGAAUCUACGCAAAUGGAAAGAAAAGUACCAAACGCUUCAUCCUCCAAACAGCUGGAAAAUAUAUGAUCCUCUUGGACUCAUCACACCAUUCACUGUUAGAAUAAAACUUUUACUACAAAAGCUAUGGUUACGUAAAUUAUCAUGGGAUGAAGAGCUUCCUUCUGAUUUGAACGACGAGUGGUCUCAGUGGUGUAGCGAGCUUUCAGAACUUAGUUACAUUAGUGUUCCAAGAUUUGCUUUGGAUUCAUGUGAUGAAAAUAUAGAGAUCCAUGUUUUUUCUGACGCAAGUCAAAAGUUGUAUGGUGCAGCCGUUUAUGUAAAGGUACAGAAUCAAGAAAAAAUUUCUGUGAAUUUGCUGGCUUCCAAGAGCAGAGUUUCACCUGUCAAAAAAGUUUCCUUGCCUCGACUUGAAUUGCUGCGUGCACUGAUUGGUGCAAGAUUGGGAACGGAAGUUAAAAAAGUUUUAGAUCGUAAAGGUUUAUCUAAUAUCUUUUUUUGGAGUGAUUCUAAAGUUAAACUGUUUAUUUGUAAUUGCAGGAAAGAUGAAUCAAGAAAGGUAGGCCCUCUUCAACUAGAGGAG